AUGACAAUAAACGGGUCUGAGUUGGCAGAAUUGACAGUUCCAUUAACAGGUGAAGAAACUGAACAAAGGCUAGAUAGCUCUUUUAUUGAUCGCAUGUUGAAGGAAGGUGAACUUCUGAAUGAAUUAGCAGCUCAAAACAAGGGUCUAAUCGAUUUUAUAUGCUUUGGAUUUUUCUUCAAAGAGAAUGAAAAGGAGAGAGUAGAAAAUAUAGAUUACUUACUUGACCAAUUGUUGUUUUGUGUUGAUCAAUUUAAAAUGGUUGAAGCAGACACGGUGAACGUGACGAGAGAAAACUCACCAGCAGACGAAGGUAUCGAGAUGGAUUUCAACAAAGUCAUUGAAGAUAAUGCAGAAGACGAAGAUGAAUAUCUGUCAAGAGCUAAUCUAAUCGCUGAGAUAUUUUCCUUAGAUAUUUGGUUAAUCACAGAAUCGCUGGUCAAAAAUAAGGAACAUUUAUCAAAAAUAUGGAAUUUAUUGCAUAAUCCAAACUUUAAGUUUGAAAGGUCGCCCUUAAUUCCGAUUUUUUUGAAGAUGAAUCAGAACUUAUUGAUAACCAGACAAGAUCAAUACUUAAACUUUAUUAGAUCUCAGAGUUCUCUUGUGGAUGAUAUGUUAAUGCACAUAGAUAUUGCCUUGCUGAUGGAUUUUUUCCUAAAAUUGAUUUCAACAGAUAAAAUUGAAUCUCCUACAGGUGUUAUUGAAUUGGUAUCAGAUCAAAAACUCAUAGAUAAACUUCUCAAGUUUUUGAACAAUAACCUCUACAGCGCUGACAUUCAGGCAUGUGUGUGCGAUUUUCUUAAAGCUCUGAUUGUGAUUUCCGCAAAUGCUCCGUUGGAUGAAUUAUCCAUCGGUCCAAAUUCUCUAACUAGACGAUUAGCCUCGCCAAAGUCUAUCGAUAAGAUGAUAAAGAUAGUUUUAAAUGAAAGAGGGGCUGCUCUUAAUAGUACAAUAUCGAUUGUCAUUGAACUGAUUCGUAAAAAUAACUCGGACUACGAUCAAGUUAAUUUAUUAGAUACGACGUUAGAAACACAUCCUCCAUCAGAUAGAGAUCCCAUUUUCUUGGGUUAUUUACUGAGAAGGUUCGCUGCAAAUCUUCCAAAGUUGUUUGAAAUUAUUGAUGAUAUUUAUGAUAAUAAUGAUACAAAUGACGAUAUGUUAUUAACAAACCAAAUGAAUGAAAAAUUUAUACCGAUAGGUUUCGAAAGAUUCAAAAUAGUAGAGCUGAUUGCUGAAUUAUUGCAUUGUUCUAAUAUGGGUCUUCUAAAUACUAAAAGAGCUGAAAGAAUUGCAAGAGUACGUGACAAGGUUAGAAAACAAGUAUCAUUUCAGUUACAAGAUGCAUUGAAUGAUUUAACUAUUAACCCUUCUGUUGAUAAUAAAAGGAAAUCAGAUACUGCGCAGCAAAAUGACAAGCAUGACGCCUUUGAUGGCAUUCAGUCUGAAAAUGAAAGUCAUGAUGAAUUUGAGCAUAUAAACCAGGAUGAAAAUGAUGAAAUUGAUGAGACAUUUGAGAUACCAUACAUUAAUGAAAACCAGAACUCCAAACUGCGAACCAACCCUACUAUUGGUGACUUAUUCAAAAUCAAGUUAUAUGACUGUCAAAUAAUUCCUAAGAUUAUGAAACUAUUUUUGAAUCACCCGUGGAAUAACUUUUGGCAUAAUGUUAUAUUUGAUAUUAUUCAACAGAUAUUUAACGGUAGAAUGGACUUCUCUUACAACUCAUUUUUGGUCUUCUCAUUAUUUAAUCUGGAAGGAUCGUUUCAAUAUAUGGAUAGUGAAGCUGCUAAGGAUGCAAAGCUAAAGGACUUCAGUAUUACCAAGGACUUUAUUUUGGAAGGCUAUCAUAAAUCAUAUAAGUUUUAUGAGGAAAAGAAUACUAACUUGGGUUUUAUGGGACACUUGGUUUUGAUCGCUGAGGAAGUAGUUAAGUUUUCAAAGCUAUACAAAGUGGAGCUAAUAUCUACUGAUAUUCAAGAUUCCCUUCAGGAAGAUGAUUGGCAAUAUUAUUCAGAGGAAGUUUUGAACCGUACAAGAUUGAUGUAUUCUAAAAUUUUGGGUGGCGGUAAUUUUGUGGAAGAUGCUAAUGGAAAUAUUGUUCCUCAAAUGAAUGACGGUAACUAUCUUGACUAUGAUGAUGAAAAUGAUGUAUCGGGUGGAAAGUUAAUUAAUGUCGAAAAUCUUGAGGAGCAGCUUUCAUUGUCUACUGAAUCUGACCUCCAUCUCAAGCUUCGCGAUAUGUUAGUAGUAAAAGCACAGCAAGAAGUUGAUGCUAAAAAUGCUGCAAAUGGUGUUAUUAUUCUUGGUGGUCCAGAAGAGAUUCCAGAUAAUCAGUAA